GUUCAUGAGUUGAUAACCGCUGCAGUGAAGAAGAUAUCACUAGCACGCCUGUUGCACAAACUCUACAAUUUUUUAGCUCGCAGUUUAUAUGAACUCGUAACACCCAAUCCCUCACCUAAUUCAGAAAAAGGGAAAACUGCUAAGAGAAAAAAAUUACAAGUGUUAUAAUGCAGCUUCAUACAUAAUUAUAUUUAUCCAAAGUGAAAGAUGAAAAGAAGUUACAUGUGGAUUUGCUUGCUCACCAUUAGCAGUGCUUCUGCCUGUUUUCCUAGGAAAGUAACACACAUAAUAUUUUACUUUUUCAUUUUAGAUUAACUAGAAACAAAAAUCGGUUAAUUAAUUUAACUUUCAGAAAUUGCAUGGUAAAAAGACACAUUGGAAAUGAAAAAUCUGCACCUACACCAGUGUUUCGCACGAACCAAGAAGAAAAUUUGAGUUUUGGAAACUGCGGCAAUUGGUUUGAAGGACAGACUCCUCCAUGGGUUGUCUACGUAGUGAUCAAUGGAAAAAUCAACGAAGGAGUUCUUUUGUCUGCACAAACGAUCGUCUUAUUGGGGCAGACCAAGAGCAGUGAUUUUGACAAUGAAAAAGAAAUUGCAAUUUUCGGUGGCGAAUGUUUGAACAUUAAUUGCUUCAAGGAUCGUGGUUUUCUAAGAUUAGUAAAUACAGAGGAUGCUAACUUCAAGGUGAUCCCUGUUGCAUCCAUAUUUUUUGCCAUCACCAUUUGGACUGUUGAACCAAAACUUCACCUCACGCCAAAUUUGCAACCCGUCUGUUUGUGGAAUAGACAAAAUCAAUUUGACUCUACCCAACAGUUUUAUUAUUACGACAGUAACAUGACAUUGCCCAAUAGGACUGUUGAGCUCGUUAAUCUGCCUGGGGGAAUUUGCCCUAAUGCUGGCAACGCAGAGUGCUAUUUGUAUGGCAAGGCAAGUUGCUCAUCCACUCAAACUGAGGAUUCUGAACAUUUUGUGUACCAUACCAAAGGGGGCCGCUCGUUUCUACGCGCAGCCGUAGCGUAUGGAGUAUGGAUAGAUUUUACUCCCGUCAUUAGAUCUAUUGUGUCUGCUUCUGCCGACCUGGCGAUGAUGCCCGAAAUUCCGAACGCGAAACCAUUUAAAAAUUUUGGCACGGCGGAGAGCUUUCCACAUUGCGGGUUCAGAGCGCGAAUACGCCACAGAAGGCAAAACGACAAGUCGGCAGACGCACGCAACCCUUUGAUCACAAACGGUCAACAAUCGGUCAAAGGUCAACACCCCUGGCACGCCAGCCUUGCAGAAACUAAGUUCAGUAAGAAGGUUAACUUUUGCGGCGCGACACUCCUUUCCAGUAAAACUCUCGUCACAGCGGCGCACUGUGUCGUCGACGAUUUCAGUAACAUACGCUCAACAAGAAGAAUCUACAUCAUACUUGGAAUGCACCAAUCCUCCAAAAAAUACGAGGAAACGCGACAAAUAUUUCAGGCUUCUACUUUUGUUGUGCACCCUGACUAUGUAUUUCGAGGGAACAGAAACGACCUGGCUCUGAUAAUUCUGGACAGAGAGGUGCAAAUAAAUAAUUAUGUGCGACCAAUUUGUCUUUGGAAUUACAACCACGACCUUGCUCACAUCGUUAACUACAAAGCGACAGUCGUCGGCUGGGGUUUAAACCAGUGCCACCAACAACCGGACGCUCUCCAAAAGGCAGAAAUCAAAAUAGUUUCGUACCAAAAUUGCUACGAGAGCAGCAGGCUAUUCUUUUCUGAGAAUCUGCACCCAAGGGAGAAUUUUUGCGCAGGCAACCCCGAAAACCAAGUUGGUGUGUGCUUGGGGGACAGUGGUGGCGGACUUGCAUUUUACGAUUAUCAAAAGGACAGAUACUUUUUGCGUGGCAUCGUCAGCUCAGGUCGAAACAAAUCAGUGAAAAAUGCAGAGGGCCAGGAAGUCUGGACAUGCAAACCAAACCACUUCAACCUCUUCACUGACUUGACAAAUUACUUGGAUUGGAUUCUGGCAAACUGGGUGUGAAGUUGUGAACGUAUCAUCCCACAAGAAGAAAUACAGAAAUUCCAUUUUACUUGCAUCUGAUUUUUAAUAAAAACACAUUUGGCCAUAAUAUCAUCUGCUUGGGAGAUGAACAUUAUCAGUAGUGGUUUUU